CCAUUACAGUAUUAAAGUCUGGAACUGGUAAACAGAGCCAAGAAGGCCUGCUUUGUAUAGAAAUAUUAUUUAUUUUGUACCAGAGAUACCUGUUAUCGUAAUAAACAAACCAGAUCGAUUUGCAUACCGGUUACUAUUUUAGCCAGGUCGUAGUAAACACCUUAGUCUUUAUAAUCGCGUUAUACCAAUAGUGUCGUAAUAAAAUGGCAAAUUUAAAGUAUCUUUCUGGCUUCGGGUCAGAAUUCUCAAGCGAGGAUCCUCGUCGUCCCGGAGCGUUACCCGAGGGUCAGAACAGUCCUCAACGCUGUGCUUACGGGUUGUACGCUGAACAGCUUUCAGGCAGUGCCUUUACGGCUCCACGAACAGAAAACAGGCGCUCUUGGCUCUACAGGAUCCGCCCAUCUGUGAUCCACAAACCAUUCGUUAAAUCGAAUAUUUCGGAGCACCUGACACACAAAUGGGAUGACGAAGAACCAAAUCCAAAUCAAUCGCGUUGGCUCCCCUUCGACAUACCUACUCAAGGUUCGGUGGACUUCGCGUCGGGUCUGCACACAGUCUGCGGAGCUGGUGAUCCUCGUUCCCGACAUGGCAUCGCCAUACACAUCUAUCUCUGCAACGCAUCUAUGGAGAACAGCGCAUUUUAUAACAGUGAUGGGGACUUCCUCAUGGUUCCGCAACAAGGAACUUUAAACAUAACAACUGAAUUUGGUAAAAUGGAGAUCCGACCAAAUGAAAUUGCUGUGAUACAACAAGGGAUGAGAUUCGCUGUCGCUGUAGACGGGCCCACAAGAGGUUAUAUUUUGGAAGUGUUUGAUGGGCAUUUCAAACUACCCGACUUAGGGCCGAUAGGUGCCAAUGGUUUAGCAAACCCUCGCGACUUCCUUACACCAGUCGCAUACUACGAAGAUAAAGAAGUACCCGAUUUCAAGAUAAUUAAUAAAUACCAGGGAGCUCUGUUCGAGGCUGUUCAAGGUCAUUCUCCUUUCGAUGUGGUAGCCUGGCACGGCAACUACGUCCCUUAUAAAUACGACCUCAGCAAGUUUAUGGUCAUCAAUUCGGUUUCCUUCGAUCAUUGUGACCCAUCUAUAUUUACUGUACUAACCUGUCCCUCAACAAAGCCCGGUGUUGCCAUAGCAGAUUUUGUUAUAUUUCCUCCUCGAUGGUCGGUGCAAGAAAAUACAUUUAGACCUCCUUACUAUCAUAGAAAUUGUAUGAGCGAAUUUAUGGGUCUUAUCCUGGGUUCGUAUGAAGCGAAAGAAGGUGGUUUUCUACCAGGGGGAGCUUCUCUCCAUUCAAUGAUGACUCCACACGGUCCUGAUGCACAAUGUUUUGAAGGAGCCUCCAAGGAAAAGCUGGUACCGCAGAAAAUAGCCGUGGGGACUCAGGCUUUUAUGUUCGAGUCAUCUCUCAGUAUGGCGAUAACGAAGUGGGGCUUCGAGACGUGUAAAAAACUCGACGGCAAUUACUAUCAGUGCUGGCAUAAUUUACCUAAACUUUUCUCAGAAAAAAUAGAUAUUUGAAUAAUUUACGUUAUGUUUUAACUUGCUUAUUUUUUAUUUACUUUAAAUAUUAAUAAUUUUGACGCAAUAUGAAAUCGAAAAAUUUUUUUUUUCUGGGAAAUGAUAAAUAAUGUCUUUAUAUAUGAAAUGUCAUGUCUGUCGUUUGUCAAUAAUAUAUAUAAUCUGUGAAUGGUAAAAUAAAAACAAAUCACAUGGAA